CGUUUUAUUCUAGGAGCGAGCGACACCGAAACUAUGCCAAGCGUUCACGGGACACCGAGCUCCUCCGCCUUCAACGAUCCGUCCUGAUUCCUGAAAACACGCGCAAAGUCUACGAACAGUCAGAUGAUAUCUCUGGAAGCAAAAGAUUGAGAUGAUGUUUUAUCUUCCAGACAAGGUGGAGGUGUGAGUGAGUCAGGGAGAGAUGGAGGUGAUCAGAAGAACACACUCGGACUCUAACGGCCUGUUCUCGGACCAUGACUGUCAGGACACGGGGGCUUGUGGACGGACCACUGGAGUGUGUUUGUGUGAACAUCAGCUCCCGCAGGACGACUCCAGUGUGAAGUGUGUUCAGUGCGGUAACAGAGCCAUGAUCACCAGAUACUCAGAGGGUUACGGCACAGAGGAGGAGUGUGUCCAGCCUCAUCUUCAGGGAGACAGCGAUGCAGAUGCAGACAUCGAGGACACGGACAGCAGGCUCCAGAUUGUGGGCUCCCUCCAGCGAAUCAGCUCCCGGAAGAGAAAGCGUCAGCGAAUCACGCGGCAGGACACAACGGAGAGUGAAGACGAUGGUGGGCGGAGCCACAGGACGCACCGCUGGAGUCUACGACUCAGUCCUCAUCGCACACAUAACAGGACCUUCCUGGAGGAGAGUGUUUCUCAGGUGCGUCCGCUGGUAAUCUGUCGCUGUGCAGCUCAAGAGACCGUCCCGGACCACAAACCCCACGGUGGACGAUGGCCCCUGACACUGUUCCCCGUUCCUCUUUCUCUCUCUGUGUCCUGUUAUCUGCUCAUCGUGCCUCUCUCCGUGUCCAUUAUCAUCGUUCUCGUGUCUGUCCUCCUGCCGCUCACAGAUACUUGACAUUGCCUUGAACAUCACUGCAUAACCCUCUUUACAGUGUAGAUCGAUUCAUUUCUUUUAGUUGUGUCUAUGUUUACUGUACAGUGUAAAACACCCUUUUAUACAGUGUCAUCUAAGUCAUAAUUAUGAGAUAAAAUCAAAAGUGUGGCACCAAGUCAUAAUUAUAUAAAACGGCAAAAAUAUGACAUACUUAUAAACUAUAACUUAUUACAUAUAUAAGUUAUAGUUUUGAAAUAAAAAAGGCAAAAUGUCGAACAACCGAGUCCAUUAUGAGAUACAAAAAUGUCAAAUAAUGACAAAAAUUACAUAAUACCAAGUCAUUAUGAGAUGAAGAGUCAAAAUUAUAAUUUGUCACAUUUAUAGGAUAAUAUAAAAAAAUUAUCAAUUAUGAGAUAAAUAUAAAAAUUAUCUUAUGACACAAAAAUGUUUAAAUUAUGAAAGUCAUUACAAAUUACAAGAUUACAAAAAUCAACAUGCCAUACAAAGUCAUUAUGAGAUAAAUGUCAAAAUGUUGAUAUACCAGGUCACAUUUAUGAGAUAAGUCAAACAUAUGACAAAAAUCGUAAUAAGUCAAAAUGAUGAGAUAAAGGAAGUCUUUAUUUCUAUCAAAAUUAUGGCUUAGUAUGGCAUAUUUAUAACUUUUUAUGUCAUAAUUAUGACAUUAUCUUAUGUGGUGUAAAUGGGCUCCUGUAGCUGUUGGACACCAAAGACAUUUAGUUUAUUGACAAAACAGCACAUUUGGAUGCACAAAGUGAUCAGGGGUGUACAAUAAACAGUGAUACUGUACUUAUGUGAGGGAAUACUGUGUCAAAAAGAUGUUUCCACAUUUAAACCGUGUUUAAACAAAGAUAUAUAUAUAUAUAUUAACUAAGGCCUCUCUUCACAAGGACAAAUGACUGCAGUUGUGUUCAGUUACAUUUCACAUUGAAAUGAUGUCAUUGGCUGUUCAUAACAAACGCACGAGAGCUCAAUUUGAUUGGCUUAGCUGCUAAGCUAGAUAAAAACACUAUAGGCUUAUAUUUUUGUAAAAUAGGAAAUAUUUAAAUAAUUACUAUGUACUUGUUUCUUUGAAAUGUGGAGCAGUUUCUCCCUUUCAGAAGAGUAAUAGAGUAAGAGUUGCAGUUUCAAACUCACUCAAGCAAGGAACGUGUUCCCAAAUUGAUACUUAAGUGUAUUAUUGAAGUAUAAUUAAGUAUUUUAACACCCCUGCUCAUGCUACUUGAAACAUUGUUGUUUUAUGAUUAAUCAGAUUUCAAUAUAAAUGCAUUUCUCUCUGCAGUUUUUAAAGUCAACAUGAAAUGCAUUCACAAUCUGUUUUACUCCUCAAAGCAGGACUUGAUCUCAUUCAUCAGAGUUCGAUGCGAGGGUGUAAAGUGGGAGUUUAGUGCAUCUGAAGAGGUUUUUUGACCUGGAGCGUGGAAGGUCAUGUUCACCCUCAUCUGCUAUUAUUGCUAUGACCUUUAGUUCAUUGUGAAGUCAUUUAAUUCUGGUUAAAGAUUUCAGAAAGCAGUUGAAUAACUCUUCGACAGCCUUGAUGUCAAGUGUAAAAGAAAGUCAUUUCAGGGAUGAAGAAAAUUCAAUGAAAGAUUAAAAGCGUGGACAAUAAGACGA